GCUCUAGCCGCCGAGCAUGUUUAGAGUGCUGCUGGUCAGUAGGUGAGUGCGUUUCUACCCCAUUUCGCAUUGUGAUUAUUUAUAAUGUACUGGGUUUCAUCGCCUGGAUUUCUGUUGUCUUCAUUCCAUGUGUGUGCCUUCUCUGUAACCUCCGCAAUCCGUUGUUCAAGCCGACACCAUGCCUCCUCUCGCUGGUGAAGACCGCGUACUAACAGUCUUUGCGGAUCUUCAUUACUAUUUCACCUCGCCUACUCCACAGCCCGUUUAUCACCGGUUUGACAAAGGCUCGUACUUGUAUGUGUACUAUGAUGCGGUGCGGGGUAGUGCUAGGGUAGAAGUUGCGAACAACCCUGGCACUAGCGACCAGGAUGCAUUCCAUGGAGCUCUGGAUCAUGUCCACAUCAUUCAUUCCACCAGAUUUCCCACUUUAUGCACCUUGACCGUUGGUGCGCAGGCCGAAAACUCCCCUGUGUCGGCACACAGCCCGAUAGGAGCUCAAGAGCAAUGGCUUCUUCCGUUUACCGAUCCUCGCAAUAAUAAAACUCGUCGGUUUCGUCUACAUACGUUAGAUAUCUAUUUCUGGACCACCGAGGAUGCCGAUCAGUUCUUGGAUGCAGUCCAGCGAGCGAUACCGGCUGCGCAACUUGAAACCAAUCGUCCACAGGCUCAAGCCGAAUCGCCGGCGGUGAGUGCAGUUGUUGAAAAGCUUGAGAAUGUAGCAGUCUCCGACCCGUCGUAUCAGAAUGGACAGACUCGGAAUUCGCAAUCCGAACCACAGCCUGCUGCCAAUGAGACGCCAAAUCAACCAACUGCAAACUAUGCUCCUCUUGUUUAUAACCCAGCCGCUCCUGCAGCUCCUGAACCCAUCAAGUAUCGCGAAGAGACCCCGCCUCCUAUGGAUGGGGGAGAAGGUACCGGAUUGGCAGCCGCUGUUGCCGCAGAUCAGGGACUAUAUCACCCUCAGACCCAGAUACAGGGUAGCCUGUCGCAGACUCAAGCUCAAACUGUUCCCGGACUCCCCCAAUAUGGAUACAGCUCUCCACCCCCAAGUGCUGGAUUUCCUCCAACACAACCAUUCCCCGGAACCCCGGGUAUCAGAGCUCCUUCUUAUUCCAGCGCUCCAACGGUGCAAGCUGGCGGAAUGAACUUUGCACCACCUCCUCAGAACCCUAACGCGCAUCUAUUUGCCCAGGAUGCUCAUGAUGUCCACCAGGGCCAAGCUCCCCCACAGUACUCUCAUACCCCACACAACUCACAGUCUGGAAGCUAUGGGCAGGCCUAUGAGCAUAGUGCGGAAGACGAGCGUGUGGCUAUUGGCGGUUAUUCAAAUUAUUCUUACGCGCAACCUGUGCUCCAGCAUACCGGCUCCUUUGGUAGCGAGUAUGACAUUCAUAGCCAGGUCUAUCGCCCAACAGAAUACGAAGCCAAGAGUGACGCAGUAAAACACGCUAAUAAGGCCAUGGCGAACCCCAACUCACGGCACCAUAAACUCGAAGAAAGAGCUGGAAAGGUUGAGAACAAGGUCAACGGGUUUUUGAAGAGACUUGAGAAGAGUAUUGGAUAAGUGGGGCCCUUAUUACUUAUCAUUCAAUUUGCAUCAGAUACCCGUAACGGCCUUAAGUGUGCUAUUUCUCCCUUUUUCUAUUUCUAUAUAUAGUUUUUAUACUUGCGGGUUUUGAAUUUUAUGUAUUAUAAUUGUAGGGCAAUUUCAAACUUGUUUUAUCAUCUACCCAACACCGAAUACAUGUAUAUUUCUGAUCAUCCAAUGUCCAUGUAUCAUAGAUGAAACUAGGGUUAUAAACCUCACUGGCUAGGUUCUAGGAA